AUGCCCGCUCGCAAGUCCCGUCCUUCUCUCACGUUCUCGACCGACCCCGCUGAUCCUCCAGUCUCCCCACCGCAUGCUUCCGCGUCCUCAAGGAUCUCUCCUCGGCCCAAACCUGCCAAGCUCAAAUCCAACUCCAAUCCCUUCGCCCCGCUCUCCCCGGACCUGCCCGAGAACUCGCUUACUGCCGUUGCGCAGAGCCUGACACCGUCGAAACCGACCAAGAGCGGGCAGUUGCGGUAUUAUCCCCGGGAGAAGCUAUUGGGCAUUGCGAAGAAGUGCGAAAAGAGGGGAUGGGAGAGGCCAAAGGACCUGGUACCGCUCGAGACGUGGUUUGGGAAGGUAACAGAGACGAAGAGUGCUCAUCUGGCGGAUCCAGCUAUCGCAGCUAUUGGACAUGGAGGGGCGUCGUCGCGGCGAGCAGGAGCUGGAGGUGGAGGCGGUGGUGCGGGGGCCGCGGGUGGGUUUGGGGAGGGAUUCGGCUUCGGCGGUGGGAUAGGCGGAGGAAGAGGGAUAGGAAGAGGCGGAGGGAGGAAUAUUGGUCUGCGCCGGCAGAACGACUCUACACCAUCAGGCGAGAUGACAAUCCAGCAGCAAAUGAACAAGUUGGUUGCCAAGGUGGGCGGACAACUGCCGCAGAAUGAUCAUCGGGAGAAUAUGAAUCACAGGGAUGGGCGGGAUGGACGGGAUAACCGGGAGAUGAGAGAUGGUCGGGACAAUAGAGGAGAUCGAGGGGGUCAGCGAAAUCUACCGCGGAACGAUCAUCACCAGAAUAACAACAACAACCACAAUCGAGGCGAGUGGAGGCGAGACAACUACAACCCCGCCCCGCGGCAGCACCACGAAGACGAGUCCGAGCCCGCAUGGAUGGACGAUGCGGCUCUCGAAGACCCCGCUGUGGUACAGCACGACCCACUUAUCCACUUUGUCCCCGGCGAGGACAUGAUCGCGAAGCACAAGGCGCAGAUGAAGGAGAGGGAUUUGGGUCAGCGCUGGCGCUUUGAUCCGGCCGCACCACCUGCUCCGCCUGUCGAAGUCAAGCCGAAAGUCUUCAACAAUGCCGAUUACCUCCGUCCGAACAAGGUCAUACAGGAGGCGCCAGAGGCGGUUGAGGUGGCCCAGCCUGAACCAAGUACGGCGUUCGCGAGUCGGUUCCAGCGGUUCUUUGCGGCGGAUCAGGCCGCGGCGGCUGCGAGUGCGGCUGUAGCAGUACCAGCCCCGCCUCCAUCUGCGCCACCACCCAAGGCGGACGAUCACGCUUCACGCCUGAUGGGCUUGUUAUCACUAUCUGACCAAGGUUCUCGCGAACCCCCUCAUCCCUCCCAAAUGCCUCACCACACCCAACCCCCUCAUAUGGCCCACCCGAUGGUCUCUCCACCUCCCUUCCUUCCCCCUCCCCAAAUGCAGCAUUUCGACCACAACAACCCCCACGCCCUCCUCCAACAGCUCUACAACCCCGGCCCUCCCCGCCCGCACCAGCAGCAGCAGCCACCACAGCACCAACACAACCAGCUCCCACCGCACAUGAUGAUGCCCCCUCCUCCGCCCCAGCAGCAGCAGCAGCAGCAGCAAGGUCCGCCUCCGGGUUUCGGGAUGGGUAUGGGUCCAGGCCCGAACAUGGGUCCAUAUGGCCGUCCGCCCAUGCCGCCGGGUUACUAUCCUGGUCCGCCCGGUUUCCAGUCGCAGCAGCAACAUCACAUGCCCGGUCCCCCUCCCCAGCACGUAUUGGGUCCUGGUCCCGGCCCCAUGGGCCCACCAGGCCUGGGGUACGGCCAUCGCCCUCCCCCAGGUGAUCGACAGCAGGAGAUUCUGAAUACGCUAUUUGCGGGUCUAGGUCCUGGAUCAGGGAGAGGCUAG